CCCCCCAGCCGUGGAGCAGGGAGAGUCAGGUGGGCCCAUGGGUGCUCAACAGCUGGUGGGUGUCAGGCACGCAGGUGGCCAUCAGGAGUUCAAGAGACUGGACAGGGUGGCCGGGAAGGUUGUUAAGUGGUUAGCGCAGAUGAGCAGUGGAUUAGGACGAGGACAGAUGGGGUCCGGCAGGCACCUGCUGGUGGAGGGCUGGGCAGGCAAGGGGUCCCCAGAAGACAAGCAGAGCCCAAUCCGAGGGCAUUUCCCACAGGCAAUUGAUUUCACUGCUUUGUGCCUUAGUUUCCCCAUUUGGAAAAUGUGAAUAUCUACCUUCAAGAUUGUACUGAGGUUACAUUUAAUCAGGCAGGGCAUACAGUAGGCACUCAAUACAAGCUGCUUUCCCUUCCCUGAAGGUUUUUCAUGUGGGCUCUUCAAAGCCCCAUUUUUCCCACCCUGUGCUUUCUGAAUCCAAGUUCUGGACUCAAUAUUUGUCCUUGUUAAAUAUCAUAGUAUUAGAUGUGGCCUGAUUUCCCUCCCUUAGAGCCUCCAUAUGUCACCCGAAGAGUCGCUCUCCCCCCAGCCCAUGCAUAGCCACAGCUCUGACAACCUGGUUGCUUGUAGUGCCAUUAUAAGCUCUUACAAGCCCAGGGCAGAGCCUUGUGGCAUCCGCUAGAGACAUCCCGGGGAGACAGGUAGCCAGUGAUUUGCAUCCUUGGUUCAUCUGGCCCACAACUUGCCAUGAUUCCUACAAGGAUCUCACAAGCGACCUUGGUAAAAAUUCAGAUGCACAAUUAUAUCUUGUUUGCAUUUCUCUAAGGAAAAAAAAAUUCAAGAGAGCCUGUUUUUUUUUUCUUUUCUUUUCUUUUAAUAUGCAGAAUCUGACCAGAUGAGUUUUCAAUGAGCCCACGAAGGGCUUCCAACUCUCACCUUCCUCUUCUGAACGUUCAUAUCCCACCCGUUUGAACAUCAAUUUCUAAUUUUCCGCAGGGACUGACAGAAAUCUCAGCAGGCUGUAUCUGGCGGUUACUCCAGGAAACAUGGCCAAGUUUGCUGUCAAUCAGAACCUGCCUGACCUGGGCGGCCCUCGCCUGUGCCCCAGCGCGCCCGGGGGCGCCCGCAGCCCGAGCUCGCCCUACUCGGUGGAGACGCCCUAUGGCUUCCACCUGGACCUGGACUUCCUCAAGUACGUGGAGGAGCUGGAGCGCGGCCCCGCCGCCCGCCGCGCCCCGGGGCCCCCGCCCGCGCGCCGCCCCCGCGCGCCCCGGGCUUGCCUCGCGGGCGCGCGCAGCCCAGGCGCCUGGACAUCCAGCGAGUCCCUGGCCAGUGACGAUGGGGGAGCGUCGGGCGCGCUCUCCCCCGGCGCGCCGUCGGGGGUCUCGCUGCAGCCGCUGUCGCCGCGCGCGCCCGUGCGCAACCCGCGCGUCGAGCACACGCUCCUGGAGACCAGCCGGCGGCUGGAGCUGGCGCAGGCGCACGAGCGCGCGCCCAGCCCCUCCCGUGCCGUCCCGCGCAGCCCGCGGGGGUCGGGCCGCAGCAGCCCCGCCCCUGGCCCCACCCCCAACCCCGCCCCCGCCUCUCCCGGUCCCGCGCAACUGCAGCUGGUGCGCGAGCAGAUGGCCGCAGCCCUGCGGCGCCUGCGCGAGCUCGAGGACCAGGCGCGCGCGCUGCCCGAGCUGCAGGAGCAGGUGCGCGCGCUGCGCGCUGAGAAGGCGCGGCUGUUGGCUGGGCGCGGGCCGCCGGAGCCCGACGGGGAGGCCGAGGCGCGCCCGGACAAGCUCGCUCAGCUGCGGCGUCUCACCGAGCGCCUGGCCACCUCCGACCGCGGCGUCCGCGCCAGGGCCAGCCCCCGGGCUGACGGCCCCGACGGGUCGGCUUCGAGGCGCAGCGAGGGCGCGCUCCAGGUCCUCGACGGGGCAGACGGGACCCCCGACGGGGCGCCCCAGACGCGGGAGGCGGGCACACAGGCCGGGCCGGAGACCCAAGAUGCAGGAGCCCAGGCCGGGCCGGAGACCCAAGAUGCAGGAGCUCAGGGCAGGCCAGAGACCCGGGAGGCUGGCGUGGAGGCAGCUCCUGAGACUCUCGAGGCGGACGCAUGGGUGACCGAGGCGUUGCUGGGGCUGCCCGCGGCCGCCGAGCGCGAGCUGGAGCUCAUGCGCACCAGCCUGGAGCACCAGCGCGGGGUGAGCGAGUUCCUGCGGGGUCGCCUGCGCGAGCUGGAGGAGGCCCGCGAGGUUGCCGACCAGGAGGCAGAGGCAGCGGCGGCGGCUCGGCCCGAGCCGCGCGAGGCUGCCACCCAGACCCCGUGGGGUUGUGCCGAGGCGGCCACGCAGACCGAGCCCCCCGCAGAGGCCCCUUCCCUGGCGCAGGAGAACUCGCCUGGAUCCCCGGACGGGGACAGAGCCGCGGCCCCCGCGGGUGAGUCCCGACCCCUCGCUGAGCCCUGGCUUGCUGGCCUUCGGACUCGAACUCAGUGCCCUCAUCUGAUCCCCGCCAGGCGUCCUCAAAUCCAUCAUGAAGAGGAGAGACGGUACACCUGGCGCCCAACCCAGCCCUGGACCCAAGAGCCUGCAGUUUGUUGGGGUCCUCAACGGAGAGUGAGCACUUUCCCCUCCCCAUGGCAGCAUCGGCGGGGACACGGACUGGGGUUUGGAUGCCAGCUCUGCCCCGCGCUCACAGCGUGUCCUGGCAAGCCUCAGUUUCCUCAUCUCUACCGUGAGGACAGCCACUCCCGCCUCGCAGGAGUCCAGAAUGCCUCCCACCCUGCCCCCAGGUACGAGAGCUCUUCCAGUGAGGACGGCAGUGACAGCGACAGCGAGGACGGCGCUGCCGAGCCCCCGAGGAGCAGCUCCUCCGGCUCCGGGGAAGACAGCGGCGGGGGAUCCGACUCGGGCACCCCCGGGCCUCCCAGCGGCGGGGACGUCCGGGACCCCGAGCCGGAGCCGGAGCCGGAGCCGGAGCCGGAGCCGGAGCCUCAGCUGGGUGCGCAGGGAAGGUGCGAGCUGAGCCCCCGUUUGCGGGAGGCGUGCGCAGCGCUGCACCGGCAGCUGAGCCGGCCCCGCGGAGUCGCCCGCGACAGUGGCGCGGCGCGCCUGGUGGCCCAGGAGUGGUUUCGAGUGUCGAGCCAGCGGCGCUCGCAGGCGGGGCCCCUGGCGGGGGUGUUGGGUGCGGUGGCGCGCCUGGGACCUGAGCUGCUGGCCCACGUGGUGAACCUGGCGGAUGGCAACGGGAACACAGCCCUGCACUACAGCGUGUCGCAUGGGAACCUGGCCAUCUCGAGCUUGCUGCUGGACACCGGGGUCUGCGAGGUUGACCGCCAGAACCGAGCGGGCUACUCGGCCCUCAUGCUGGCUGCGCUCACCUCCGUGGGGCGGGAGGAGGAGGCCAUGGCUGUGGUCCAGAGACUCUUCCGCAUGGGCGAUGUCAAUGCCAAGGCCAGCCAGACCGGGCAGACGGCCCUCAUGCUGGCCAUCAGCCAUGGCCGCCAGGACAUGGUGGCGGCCCUGCUGGCAUGUGGGGCAGACGUGAAUGCGCAGGAUGCGGAUGGGGCCACAGCGCUGAUGUGCGCCAGCGAGUACGGGCGCCUGGACACUGUCCGGUUGCUGCUGGCCCAGCCAGGCUGCGACCCCGCCCUCCUGGACAAUGUGAGCCACCAUGGGGCUGCUCAGCGGGGUGGCAGGGCACCCACGCCUUGGUUCAGGGACCUGACUGUACUUCUUGUUCCUCAGGAGGGCACCAGUGCCCUGGCCAUGGCCUUGGAGGCUGAGCAGGAUCAGGUGGCUGCUCUGCUGCACGCCCACCUGAGCUCGAGCCAGGCUAGUCCCCUGGUGAGUGCAGCCCCAGCCCCUGGAAACAGAGCUUCCCAGCUGCACAUCGGGGUUGGGGAGGACACCAAGUGUGCCCCAGGAAAGAGGAACACCCCCGGGGAGACCAGCGGUGGGCAACUUGGGUCUGAAUUCCCGUGUGGCUGAAACUUGUGUUCAACCCGCAAAAUGUCCUCGAGUUGGACACACCCCCACCUCACAGGUCAUGAGCCUCAGGCCUCCAGAGGGGAAGUGACUAAGGUCAGAGUGGAGGAGCUAGACCUCGCUCAGACCUUCCCUGUCAGCGGGGGCUUAUAUUCAAGACAAGACCCAGGCUGGUCUCAGCCCUUUCACAACCAAAUUCACCCAAUCAGCCUGCACUCUCCUGUGGAUAUGCAGGAGGAGGCACGGAGGUCAAGUGCCUCUGCCAGCUCAGAUGGGGCAGAGGCAGGAUUCAAACCCAUGCAGCCUGGCUCCACCUUAGGGUUGACCACAGUGCAGAGAAGCAAGACCUCCACUAGGUUAAGCACCCCCGGAACCCACUGAGACUGUGACAGAAUCCCCCCCAAACCUCUCUCU